GUUUUGGUCGAUAUUUAUUUACGAGCCUAAAAAUAAUUGAUAACUCCUACCAAUAAAUAAUUCAACCUAAUCAAAAAUGAGUAGUUCAGACUCCGACGAAGAGAAUGUUAUACGAUAUGGAACACCUUUGGAACCGUACGAAGAAGAUGAAAUACCUUCAAAGCGGAAGUAUCAGCAGCCGCCAGACCAGUUUGCAGUGGAUGAGCACGGCCGGCGGCGUUUCCACGGCGCUUUCACUGGGGGCUUCUCGGCUGGGUUUGGGAACACCGUGGGCAGUGCUGAAGGCUGGACACCGGCUACGUUUAAGAGCAGUAGGAGCGAUAAGGCUCAGCUUUCUAGACAACGCCCUGAAGACUUCAUGGACGAUGAAGACCGCGGAGAGCAUGGCAUAGCCCCAAGACUAAUGGAGACACAGAGUGAAUUCACCGGAAGAAAAAGACAGCAUACAAGAUACCACGACGGGCCUAUACCAGGUGAGCCAGUACUAGAACAGUUAGUCCGAGCAGUCCACGAGACAGCUGCAGUGCGUAUGCUACGUGCCAUGGGAUGGCGACCAGGACAGGGCACUGGAGAACGGCUCAGCCGCAGACAGAAGAACAUUGCGAAAGAGCAGCACAAGGUGUACGGGUGCUACAUGCCUGAGGAAUUGCGACCUACAACAGACCCGCAGUCAGACAGCUCAGACUCUGAGUUCGAAUACGACACACUAUUCGCACCCGACGAUUACGAGCCUUAUGUCCUAGCUCAAAAGAGCGAUCGCUUCGGGCUGGGGUAUUCGGGGCUCAGCAGACACUCUGUGCUGGGCAGUAUGGCGGGGGAGUAUGGACAGGCCGGUAGCUCCAGUCAUUUGGUUAUGAGGGAUAAAGGGAAAAAGGUAUCCAUCAGAGGCCAAGCUUUCGGCGUAGGGGCCUUAGAGGCAGACGAUGAAGACAUAUACGCCACUGAAGAUAUGUCUCACUACGACUUCUCACUAGGGGGACCCACUGAGCAGAAACAGAAACCUAAGGGCAAACAGGAGAGCAAUGACGGACUCGGUCGCCACGACUUAUCAGCCGAAGCCCGAGGUUCGCUUUUAGGCGAAACACCUAUCCCCAAGACAAAUACACUAGAAAACACAAAAUUAUCCCAAAAACCUGACCCCAUAGCCCAACUUCUCGGCAGAAACGUCAACUUUGUCACAGAUAGCACAAAUACCAUUGAAACAGAUAAUAAAACCACAGAUAAAAAACCAGAAGACUUUAUAUCUAUAAAAGAUUCAGGAAAAGAAAUACAAAAAGUGUUCAAACCUUUUGUAAGUGAUCCGGCGAAGCAAGCGCGGUACGAGAAGUAUUUGAAAAACAAGGACAGCGUGCUAGAGAUAGGCGAGACGGAUAGAUUGACGGCGUGGGAGAGGAAUAGAGAGAUUUCGGAGUUUGAGCAGGCUGCUAAGCUGUAUAAACCGCUUUCUGGUGUUAUGGGGGACAGAUUCACCCACGCGUCAGAACCGGACGACGCGGUCAACCCCCUCACUGCCGUGGCGCGCAGCGCGACUAACUACGGUCUAGCCACGCCCGAACAAAUAGAGGCGGCGCGAAUAGGCGCGUAUGGCGUGAUAACACGCCGCGAGACAAUAUGGCGGCCGGAGGCUAUAGUGUGUAAAAGAUUCAACGUGGCCGAUACACUGGCGAGGCCCGAAUCGAAAAAAGAAGACAAACCCAAGGUUUCCUACUCCAUAUUCAAUUAUUUAGAAUCAUCAGUCCACGAUAAAGAGAGCUUCGCCAAAGAACAACACACUUUCAGCGGCUCCAAGUCUUUAAACAGAGAAGAGAAUAGAAGAGAAGUAGUCAAAGAUAGAAAUAACGAGAAAGUAACAGAGAAAGUUGCAGAUAAAAUAAAUACUGAUCCAAAACCUAGUACUAGUACAGAUAAUAGUUUCAAAAGACUUACAGUCGCUGAAUUGUUUUUAAAAGAAUCGGAAAAAGAUUUAAAAAGCAAAGAGAAUGUAGAAGUCGCAGAAACUAUUAAUAAGUUUGAUAAAAUGGAUUUGUACAAAUCUAUUUUUCUUAGUGAUAGUGAAAAUGAAGAAGAAACAGCUAAUGAAGAUAAUAAACCUAACGAUGGAGCUAAAAGUAAUGAUAAUACUACAUCAAUGUUUGAUAGUAUAAACGAUUUUGUUGAUGUACCAAAGAAUGUUGAAAGAAAUACAUCACCACCUAGGGGCAUAUUUGCUAAUAUAGAUUUUGACGAAAUAAAUUCAUGGAAAAGAAAUGCCGAGAAAAAAACAGAUGAAAAAGUUGAAGAAACAAAUAACACUGAUGAUAAAUCUAUAGAAGCAGAUAUGUAUGGUCCUAAAAUUCCAGAUAAUCUAAAGAAAAGAUUAGAAGAGACAGAACGAGAUAGAAUUACAGAAAAGCCUACGUUUAGAAGUAAGAGUGAGAGAGAAGCUAUAGAAAUAUCGUCGUCUAGCUCAGAUUCUUGGGUGGAAGCUAGAGAGGUGAAGUCUAAGAAGAAGAAAAAGAAGAAUAAAAAACAGAAGAAGGCUAAGAAGUCUAAACAUAAGAAGAAAGAUAGAUAAGACG